AAUGGGAAGCACAAGAGACGCUGGCAAAGAGAGUUACGGUCUAGAUUGAAACCCGCGGCUGCACCAUGCUCUCCAGGUCUAUCCCGUGUCUGUGGAUUACAUUUUGCCUUCAUUUAUGCUGUUAUGUAGACAGCGGAAAAGCACAGAAUGGGAAGGAAGUGAUUCUGCUGGACUCCAAGGCACAGCAGACAGAACUGGAAUGGAUCUCCUAUCCUCCCAAUGGGUGGGAAGAGAUCAGCGGCUUGGAUGAGAACUACACACCCAUUCGCACAUACCAGGUUUGCCAAGUCAUGGAGCCCAAUCAGAAUAACUGGCUUCGGACUAAUUGGAUAGAGAAGGGCAAUGCCCAGAGAAUUUUUGUGGAACUGAAGUUCACCUUGAGGGAUUGUAACAGCCUACCCGGUGUGGUGGGCACUUGCAAGGAGACAUUCAACUUGUAUUACCAGGAAACAGAUUCGGAGGUGGGCAGGAGCUUGCGGGAGAACCAGUACGUGAAAAUUGACACGAUCGCGGCAGAUGAAAGCUUCACCCAGGGUGACCUGGGUGAGAGGAAGAUGAAGCUGAAUACAGAAGUGCGCAUAAUUGGCCCCCUGUCCAGGCGGGGCUUCUACCUGGCCUUCCAGGAUGUAGGGGCGUGUAUCGCCCUGGUCUCUGUCAAAGUUUAUUACAAGAAGUGUUGGUCUAUCAUCGAGAAUCUGGCCACGUUCCCAGACACCGUGACGGGAUCAGAGUUCUCCUCGCUGGUGGAAGUCGAGGGCAUGUGUGUAAACGACGCCGAGGAAGAGGCCGACAACUCUCCCAAGAUGCACUGCAGCGCUGAAGGAGAAUGGCUCGUUCCCAUUGGGAAAUGUAUAUGCAAAGCUGGAUUUCAUCAGAAAGGAGACGCAUGUGAACCGUGCGGUCGUGGUUUCUACAAGUCUUCCUCCCAGGACCUUCAGUGCUCUCGUUGUCCAGUGCACAGCUUCAACGACCGCGAGGGCUCCUGGCGCUGCGACUGCGAGGACGGCUACUACCGAGCACCCUCUGACCCUCCGUCUGUGGCCUGCACAAGACCUCCCUCCGCGCCUCAGAACCUGGUCUACAACAUCAACCAGACCACCGUUAGCCUGGAGUGGAGCCCGCCUGCUGACACAGGCGGCCGCAACGACGUCUCCUACAGGGUUAUAUGCCGGCGUUGCAGCUGGGAACCUGAGGAGUGUGUUCCAUGUGGUCCGAAUGUGGGAUACUCUCCUGCACAGUCAGGAUUAGUGGACACUUAUGUGACCAUCAUGGACCUGCUCGCCCACGCCAACUACACUUUUGAAGUGGAAGCUGUCAACGGGGUGUCAGAACUGAGCCGCACGCAGAGACUGUUUGCGGCGGUUAGCAUCGCUACUGGUCAAGCAGCUCCUUCCCAGGUCAGCGAGGUCAUCAAGGAGAAGGUGCAGCAGCGCAGCAUCCAGCUGUCCUGGCAGGAGCCCCAGCAACCCAAUGGCGUCAUCACAGAAUAUGAAAUCAAAUACUACGAAAAGGAUCAGAAGGACCGGGUCUACUCCACGGUGAGGUCCAAGUCCACAUCCGCCACAGUGAACAACCUGAAGCCCAGCACAGCCUACGUGUUCCAGAUCAGGGCCUUCACAGAGGCAGGAUACGGCACCUACGGCCCCAGACUGGAGAUCACCACCAAGGAAGAGGCCACAGCUGCGAUUGUCUCCAGCGAGCAGAACCCCGUCAUCAUCAUAGCGGUGGUGGCCGUGGCGGGGACCAUCAUCCUGGUGUUCAUGGUGUUCGGCUUCAUCAUUGGGAGAAGGUACGCUCUCGCGGGCCCCAUUGACUCUCCGCUCCUGCACUGCGGGUAUAGCAAAGCUGAUCAGGAGGGAGACGAGGAGCUCUACUUCCAGUUUAAAUUUCCAGGCACCAAAACCUACAUUGACCCUGAAACCUACGAGGACCCGAACAGGGCUGUCCAUCAAUUUGCCAAGGAGCUGGACGCCUCCUGCAUUAAAAUUGAGCGGGUUAUUGGAGCAGGAGAGUUCGGGGAGGUGUGCAGCGGCCGGCUCAAGCUGCCUGGAAAGCGGGACGUGUCGGUCGCCAUCAAGACAUUAAAAGUAGGCUACACAGAGAAGCAGAGGCGGGACUUCCUGUGCGAGGCCAGCAUUAUGGGACAGUUCGACCAUCCUAAUGUCGUUCAUCUAGAAGGAGUUGUGACGAGAGGAAAGCCGGUGAUGAUUGUCAUCGAGUACAUGGAGAACGGCUCAUUAGAUGGUUUCCUCAGGAAACACGAUGGUCAGUUCACAGUCAUCCAGUUGGUGGGGAUGCUGCGGGGCAUAGCGGCAGGAAUGAGAUACCUCUCCGAUAUGGGAUACAUCCAUCGAGAUCUGGCUGCUCGAAACAUCCUUGUCAACAGCAAUCUUGUAUGUAAAGUGUCUGACUUCGGCCUGUCAAGGGUGAUAGAUGACGAUCCCGAGGCUGUCUACACAACAACUGGUGGCAAAAUACCCGUCCGAUGGACCGCGCCAGAAGCUAUACAGUAUCGCAAAUUCACCUCUGCAAGUGACGUGUGGAGUUAUGGCAUUGUCAUGUGGGAGGUCAUGUCCUACGGGGAACGGCCGUACUGGGAUAUGUCCAAUCAAGAUGUCAUAAAGGCGAUAGAGGAGGGCUACCGUCUUCCAGCCCCAAUGGACUGUCCCCCAGGCCUGCAUCAGCUGAUGCUGGACUGCUGGCAGAAGGACAGAGCUGAACGUCCCAAAUUCGAUCAGAUAGUUGGCAUCCUUGAUAAGAUGAUCCGCAACCCUAACACGUUAAAAACCCCAGUGGGAACAUGUACGAGACCAAUUAGUCCACUGUUAGAUCAGAGCACACCAGACUUCACUGCUUUCCGCUCAGUGGGAGAGUGGCUGGAAGCCAUCAAGAUGGAACGAUACAGAGACAACUUCACAUCAGCGGGUUACAGUUCCCUGGAAUCUGUGGCCAGGAUGUCAAUCGAGGACGUGAUGAGCUUGGGGAUCACGCUGGUUGGCCAUCAGAAAAAGAUCAUGAGCAGCAUACAGACUAUGAGAGCCCAGAUGCUGCAUCUCCACGGCACGGGUGUCCAAGUGUGACGAACUGGCUGCAUCAUGCAGGGUGAAAACAAAAACAGAACUUAUCUGGAGCAGUGCCUGGGACGUAACCGGGAUAAUCGUCAAAGUAAACGAACAGCUGUUAUGUCUGACUCUUCCGGCUGUGUCGGGAGUGAAAUCAUUCCUUUGUUCCUCAGUGAAGGGUUGUGGUCCGCCUCUUCAAAGGGCACUAAAGGGAGGAAACGGACAGAAAACAGCAACAAAAAAGAAACUACCUGAACGAGAUGACUUCCUUUUACUUUACUUUUUUCACUUUUGAAGCGCUUAUGAACCCAACCACAUAUCAAAUGGCGCAUUGGAAAGGAGUUUGACGCUUCUGUUUCUUUAACUUAAGAAUGAUUUAAGUGCACAUGAUGGCUAUGGAUUUCCUUUAAAAGAACAAAAAAACUACUUGUCUACUUGCGGUGGUUUCAUUUAUUUUAUGUUUUUAUUUGUUCAUUUUCUUUCUGUUCGCCAGAGUGACAUGUUGUGGCCAUGCAGCAGUUUGCUCUCUUCUAUUUGGAUUUGACAACAGGGUAAACUCUCUUUUAUCCAAAUGCAGAGGGAACUUUUUAGGUGCAAAUCCAAAGGUGUAUUUUGUGCUGACACGUGCUGGACUGUUUGCAGAGACUCGUGUUUCCUUCAUGUGCUGUGCAAGUGAAAAUGGUAUCUUCAUAUGUUUGUUUGUAGCCUACAGCUGUGGGUUUUUGACAUGGUUUCAACCUUUUAAUUUCGUUUAUUAUGGAAUUUUCUGAAGAGUGCAACACUGAGGAUUCUUCGAAUCAAAAGACUUUUAUAUCAGAGUAGCACUAUCUUUUGUCUUAGUGUUCACUACAGGAAACCCAAAACAGUUACUUGGUUAUUAAGUAGAAUGUUGCAGCACUGUUGAAAUAUUUUAUUGAAAUUUAAGCCACUGCAAAUAGUUUUGCCAUCAUUUUGCCUAAAAUGUUGCACACAGUGUUUGUUUUGGUGCAUUGUUGAGCUGCAAGUACAAUUUUUAAGGGUGGCUCCAAGAACGUUGUAGACGUAAUACUGCCUUAAAAUGUGUUAGAUUAAGUAUUGCCACUAUUUUAGGCACUUCAAUGGCAAUGCUUUCUGCAUUCAUUUAAAGGGUGAACAUUCGCCCUAUAUUUUAGUUGUUCUUGUAGUGUGAUGUCUUUUUAUCUGGAACUUGAAGUGGUGCACGGGCACGUUUUAAUUACAUGUGUGAAACAGUCAGCGAAGAAGAGAAGGACUAAACAGAGCAAUAAUUACCAGGUAGAAAUGGUCCUUACUUGAGAUUUUUAAGGUGCUAGGUUGUAUCGCAAGUGUGUGCUGUGCUGAGACAAACCCUUUGGAAAGAUUCAGUCACCAACGGAAAGGAGAGGAAUGCACCUCUUUAACCUAAAGACGGUUUGAAAAGUGCUCCGAAAACAUCCGUGCCAAGUCAUCAAAUGAAAUAAUCAUGUUGUAUUUUGCCACUAUGAUAUGCUAAACGUGUGAUGGACAUCUCACGUGGCAUGGAAAUGUGGAAUUGUGUGGCUGCAGAGGUGAAAGAGGCACUAUUCAAAACACGAGAUGCCAAUUAGCCAUGCUGACAUCAUCUUCGGACACCAACGCACUGUCCAGGAAUCAAAGAGCCCCUUCAGGGUUUGGGUCUGAAAAUUAGGACCAAACGAUGGAGCUGGAGACGCAGAUUGUGCUGUUAAAUCCCCCCGUCCCAGCUCUGCAGGCAGCCAUGCAGCUCCCUUAUUUAUUCAUGUGUCUCCAGCGCUCAUCCCUCACAGGCGUAGAUGUGAUGGAACAUGCAUUAAAGUGUCUCUUAAGAUUGCUCCUCUUUUCUUCCAUACGGCUUUGUAUGGAGAACAGAGAGGGGGCUUUACAGAAGAUGUGCUAAAAGCCAAUCAACCUAUUCGAUGCCAUCUGUCUCCACUUCAAAUGCAAAAAUGGAGAAAGUUAGCAUGUUGAGUAUGUUUUAGUGCAGAAUUUGUUGAUAGGAAAAAGCAGUUAUUCAACUGCCAUGUAAAGAGGAGUGGUGUUUGUAGACCAUUACAACCAUCAUCUUCUACUGCUACUGUAAGCAUAGACAAAUCAUAACCACAUCACGAAUCAUCAACCUUGUUGUCACUGACAAACAGUAAAACUCCUACUAGCUUUCUUUAUUAUCUCCAUUGUCUCUUAAACUGCAUACACAUUGAUAGCAUCUGAAAACACAUGGUUUCUCUCCGCUGUGGCCCCGUAUCCAGACUCAUCUGGUGUGGAGCCUUUAGAAAAGCGUCUCCAGGGCAGAGGAAUGUGAAAGGCAAGGGAAAGAAGGAAGACGUAAGCCUACCUAGACACGAUUGAGUAAACUCUGUUCCCUAUCAAAGGGUAGCUAUAAUCUUAAAAGUGAUGUGGACAGCAGACAUGCCUGGCUGCAAAGACACGUUCAUGUACGUUUGUCUGCACAUACUGGCUUUUUAGGCCGGAUGCAGACGGUCCCUCCAGAGCUCACAGACCUCUGGAAUCCAGAAAGCAUCAUUUGUGCAUCAGCCUCUCUGUUAUCACGCAACACAGGUGUUCUCAUUAAUCUUGUUUAUUUUGCCUGACAAUUUUGCCAUCAUGGAAAAAUUGAUUUAGGAUGUAACUAAGGAUUAUUUUCAUUAUCAAUUACUCUGCCAAUCAUUCUCCCACUUAAUCCACACAUUCACAUUCAAGUCGGAACCUGUGCAUUGUUGCCUAACAAUUCAUUUAAAGGGUUAGUGAGUGAAACAUUUUCAGUUGAUUUGUUCAUCAACUAAUUAUUUUAGCUUUAGAUUUCAUUGGCUCAGUUGCAUAUUGAUUAGUUGCAAUGAAAACACUAUUUUAUACGUUUUAAUUGUCUGACAGCAGAAAAGUAAAUGAUGAGUACUGUGGAGUUUGGCUUUAUUAAAACGUGAUAACUGAUGACAGUUGGGCCUCAGCGGACUAACCAGGCUCUGUCUGUGCCACUGUGGGCUGGGACAUGCAGGUGUGUUGUUCACCGAUAGAAAGAAAACAACAUGUGUUCCUGCUGUCGAGCUGCCGAGAUCUUAAUGAAAAUGACCUGAACAAAUCUAGGAUGCACGUUCAGAAGGAUCCAGUUUAGUGUGGAUGUCUGCUUUGAUCCAUGUGGGACUCACCUUUGUGAGAGGACACCAGGAAUUAGCCCUGCCCAGCUCUGAGCCCAUGUGUCACACACCCUCCCUUUAUCCAUACAGCAGAGCUCAGCAAUUGGGCCUUGGCCAGACCUUUGAAUUGAAUACCAGCAUAAAGUCAUUCAGUCAGCACAAAACUCCUUAGUUCACAGGCAGCACUCUCUCUCACCCCCACUCCCUGCUCUGAUUUUAAAACCGGGCCCGGGAGGCCCCUCAGUCUCCCCAGGGUAGAAUCUGUCCCCUUGUUCCUGUGCUGGGGAAACAGCAGUUUGAGCCAAAUUGAGAUUAAGGCCAGGAUACAAUCGAUUCAACAUCCACAUCACCUGUAACCUUCACGUCACGUCUGUUUCAGCUUGUUCCAUCCACAGUUGAAACUUCAGGUUUUGCUCAACUCUGGACAAGAAAAGUUUUGUUGCGGCUCUAUUUCAGCAGAAAUACAAAAAUAAUACAACAUCUAAAAAGGCAAAACACAGAAACCUGCAGGAUGUACAGCGGGUGGGCUGGAAUCAGGAAUAACAGAUUAUUUUUCAAAUCUAGUGGUUCAGUAGUUGGAAAUUAGUUUCACCGCUUUUGCGAGGUGGUGGAUAAUUCCAAAGAGUGCAGCACUGUUGAUUGUGUCAGAGAGAGUCAAGAUGUGAGGGAAUCUUUGUAUAUGUUCUAAUUGUAAAACUUGUACAUUUUAUUUAUAUUGUUUUUUACACAUAUUACUCAGUAGAGAGCUCUGAAUACAUUGAAAAUGCACUAUAUUUUUCUAUCUGAUGAAUUAUUGUCACCCACAAGAUUUCAGUUGUAGAUAAUUUUUCAUUUAGGACCAAAGACAGUUGAUAGGAUUUCCAUCUUAACUUUGACUUUUGAUUUUGCGUUUUAGUUUGUUGUACAGUAAUACAAAUUGUCCGUUUAUUAUUUAUUUUUCUGUGAUGAAAGUAUUGAGAAUAUUCACUGGUCAAAAGUAUUUUCCCCAACAGCAGAACUGUAAGAUCAUUUAAUUAGACACGUUCUUGUUACUUAGACAAUUCUUUUUGCUUUGUAACCUUUGUAAUAGACUGUACAUAUAUUUUUGGAAAUAUAAUACAAUCUCUAUAGAAGUU